UGCCAACGAAGUAAAGUUUGUUGUGCAGCUCAUUUUCAGCCGAUUUUGGAAGGAAAAUAGCGCGGAAGAACGACUUUUAACACCAAUUAUAUGCUUGAUUCUUGAAAAGAUUGAACUGUUUUAUAGCCAUGUUACCAGAACCUGCAAACUCGUCGUACUCUUCGCCUUCGAAGAAGCGUUCAAGGUGUUUGUCUACUUCCAUGCAGUACAAGUAUCUUCGACGAAUUUUGAAAUAUCGACAUAUGGAUUUUGAAUUUGCUCUCUGGCAGAUGCUAUACUUAUGCAUUUCACCAAGAAAAGUGUAAGUAUUGCUGCUAUAUUGUGACGGUACAUGUUGUGCUGCGAGGAUAUUUUUGUUUUGCACACCUGCCUUUGGUUGGAUGACAGCAAGAAUCAAGCUGAUACGUUAAACAUUUUCUUGCCUAAUAGGUGCAGCUGUGGUAACUUGACUUCUGUUUCGGUGCAUUCUAAUUUCAAACUUCUUUCAUACUUUGUCUAUCCUACCUUGGUGUAUAAUUUUUUCUUUGCCAAAAUUAAUGCUCAUAGACUGCUUGCAACCCGCCAUAUAAGUUUUGCUUUCAAUUCCUCAAGGGACAAUAAUUAGUCCCACGAGAAAUUGAACCCAGUACCUGUGCAAAAUUUUGAGGGGAAAACAAAUUACAUUAUGGGAACAUGAAAGUUGUGGAUAGAAUAGUCGCAAAUAGAUGAACAUGGGAAAGAGGCCUGUGAGGUUGGUGGAGCCAUAUCCUACAGGCUGAGCAUGUAUAGCACAUGAAACCAUGACAUCCCUGAAAGCAGCAACUAGCAGGUGGUAAUGCACUGACAGAUAGUGUUGGGAGUUGGCUGAGAUUUCAUAAUCGAUCAUCGGAAGUGAUCGGAUUGACCCACCUGAUCAAUUAUUUAAUAUAAUAUUAGAAAAAACUCUUUAUAAGAAUUCUGUUUAUUUUUGCUACUGUGCCGCAUUUUAGAGCACAACAAAAACAUACCAAAUGUAUCAGAAAAGGAACAUCAGUGGAUUCGCCAUAGAGUUCAAGUACCUCAGUGGUUAGAGUGUUGGAUCUAGAACCCUGAGGGUUGUGAGUUCAUUUCUUGACUGGAGUUCAGAAUUUUUAAUGUGCUUUCGGCGAUCAAAUUCUUGAAAAGACAACACACAAGUUUGCCAACAAGAAAUUAUUUUUUUCCGUAAUAAUCGGGCCGGGUAUUUUCCUUGGCUUCAUGUACUAUGAAUGUGACCCCUGGCUACUUUCAUUUGAAAUAGAAGAAAAAUAAAACCAAAAGAAAUCCAUAGCUGUUUGAUUCCCCACCUACUUGUUGUAUUUACGCGGCAACUUGAAAUCUUCGUGACAACCCUGCUUAGCGUUAAUGACAUUUAGCUCAUAACAUAAAUGCAGGUAAUUUGAACCCUUGUUUUAUUGGCCAUCUGCAAAAGCUUCAUUAAUUAAUUUACAAAAUUUAUAAACUGAUUCAAAUGAUAUAGAGAUAUACAUGCAUGAUAUUUCUUAGGUCAUACUGUAUGUUCUAAAAUGUCAUCAACAUUAAUUUCUGUAUUUGUUGCCUUUCAAUUUUCUUAGAUACCGCAACUUUCAUUAUCACAAACGUGAGUAUACGUGCAUUUGACAUGUUUUAUUAUUUUAAUCACUAUUGUUUUUAAACUUGGGUGCAGUUUUAUUAAACUAAUAAAUUAAAAUAGACAAAAACUGAACACAGCGCAGUUGACCAUGAAACAUUAUUAACGUCAAAUUUUUAAAACUAGGAAUGUGCUUUGUUUAGAACAAUGAUAAAUAUUGAUAUGAUAGUAUUGGAUAAAGGUAAAUAAGAUGUAAGAUGCAGGUUAAAAUAUCUGAUGUUAUGGUGUCUAUUUCCUACCCAGAAACUAAAGACCAGUGGGCCAGAGAUGAUCCAGCUUUUCUUGUGUUACUUAGCAUUUGGCUGUGUGGUAAGCUACCACUUGUUGCAACUAUUCCUUUGACUUCAAAUCGUUCACUAUUUGUCCAAGUCUGACACCCUCACCCAAGGCUACUUUUGGCUACCCCACUCAAGGACUGCCACUAAGAUUUCAAUUUGCCUGGUAUACUGAAUAUACAGUCAGCAGAUGGGGAAUUGAACGGCCAGGAAGUUCUUGAUUACUAUUUUCCUGUUGCUUUUGGGUCUGUUUUCUUUUUCUGUUGUCUUCCAGUCUUUUAAGUAAUUUCACCUGAUACCAAACUGCUUGUCUCCUUUUCCCAAUGAAGCAGUAUAAGUUUGCUUUCAGUUUUGCAUCUUGCUGGUUGUAUUAUUGCAGUUUCGUCUCCUCCAGGUAAAAAAAAUGGGACUUUAUUGUACAUUCUUGAUUGUUGGGAGAAUGUUGUUCUCCUUUUUACUUAAUGUGCUAUGUUAUUACUUUGUUUUUAAUUUGGUUAUAUUUCAAGGGAGUGAUCCUUCCUUUCUAUAUUAAUGUAACCAGUGACUCUUUGUCUUUCUUGACAGUGUCGUCAAUUGGCUUUGCUAUUGCACUUCAUAUUCCGUUUAUAGGAUUUUUGAAGUUCUUAUUAUGGGUUGUUUUUGUGGAUUGCAUUGGUGUUGGUCUCAUCAUAGCUUCGUUGCUAUGGUAAGUUAAAACCACAUAUUGCCUUCAAAAACGUUGUACAACUACUGUCUGUGUACAAAAAUGCAGAGUGUCACUGAAGUUAUCAAAUAUUGUCAGGGCUGGCAAGUGAUUUUCAAAAUAACUUUGCAUGAAUGAGUUUUUACUCAUCAAAAUAAUUCGGCCAAGGCACAGUAGAUCCCUAAUCCAUCAAAUAAAUUAAUUUUAUUAUAAAUUAACUAAUUAAACGUUAUUAGUUUGAGUUAUUUUAUCAGUUCUAAUAUUGACAUGAAACGUCAUUUUUCUUUUAUCAUUUUCAACUGGAAAUAAUCCAAAUGAAACUGAAAAAUGCAAUAAUUUCUAGUUUUUAUUAGAAGGAGGCUUUCCUAACAGUCAGUAACCAUUCUUGCUAUAUUUAAACCUGCAUCCACUAAAGGAUACAAGAGUAAUACGUAGCUCGUUAUCAGUUGAUCGUAGUGGUCAUCAAUUCUGUGUUUUGUUCACAGGUUCUUCUGCAACAGAUAUUUACGCAUAUCCACUGCUUAUGAUCCAGGCCAGAGAGUGGAGUGGGCAUACGCAUUUGAUGUUCACCUCAAUGCCUUCUUUCCCCUAUUGCUGAUACUGCAUGUUAUCCAACUCUUUUGUAUGCAGAGUAAAUACCCUUUGUUUGUUAACAAAUUAUUCUGUACCUAUUUCAUUCUUACUAGUGAGUUAAUGCACAGUAUCUUUGCAUCACUGCGGCCCAAUGAAAUUUGCUUGGAGUAGGAGUUUGGCAGCCAGUACUAACACUUUCCACCUAAUUCACAGACACAACUUUUCGUUUAUGACUUUAUCAUUAUGGCAGAUUAUAAUCUCUGGACCUUGUGCCUACAUGCACUUCUGAUUUAAAGUUGAUAGCUGAUAGCUACAAAAGUUUUGCCACCUAUUAAUACUGGUAUCUUGCUCUUUCCGUAGUGUCAGUUUAAUGCCAUACCUUACACAAACAUUAAAUGGAUAGCACCAUUUAUAAACAAACAGGAAAUGAAUAUCUAUAUUAAUAGUGGGAAUUCAAAUUCAGGCAACCUUUGUUAAGAUAAUUCAAAUAAUAAUUAUAUUUCAUAAAGGGUUCUAUUGACCUUUCAUUAAUUUUAUUAUCAUUCUUUUUUUAGUUAUAAUAGAUCAUCCACUGUUUAUUUCAAGAUUUAUUGGUAAUUCUCUUUGGCUGAUCGCUCUGAUUUAUUAUAUCUACAUCUCAUUCCUAGGAUAUAGUGGUAAGUUGAUUGAAGUGUCCUCUGAAAAAUUAAAAUUUAAAAAAUUGUCUUUUGUGGAUUUCUUCCCUGCUCCUGCUCAUAAACUCAUUUUUUACACUGUCAAAAGCAUGAAGCAAGUUUGGAGAUGGGAUUUUGGGGCCCUUAAUACACACACUGUAAUUAUGUGCAUAUUGGCUUGAAUUAAGUGAGAUGAAAGUGAGGUCCUUGCACCCUUCAUUUUCAUUAAUUAAUUUUAUUGUUGUUUUUUUUAUUCACAGCAUUGCCAUUUCUUCGCAAAACAGUAGUCCUGCUUUAUCCAGUCCUGCUGGUCGUAAUAGGGUAUGUUGUCUCCCUUGCUGUGGGUUGGAAUAUUGGUCAGGCGUUUAUGCAGUUUUACAGGUACAGAGUAGUAUGAUGUUAAAUGGAGGAUACAUUAUCUGCAAGGGGAAGACCAUAAGGAUGUACAUCUCCAGCCACUUGAACUGUUUCAAUUGCAAGGUGGUCUGGAUAUGGAAUGCUCCCAUAAGAGUCCACUGACAGCAUUUUAUGGAGACAGAAAACACUUCAGCAGGCUUUUACCAACAGAGUCGAGUAUCACGGUUUCUGAGCCAGUAAGCUGCUAAGCGAGUGCGUCACUUCUGUUAUCUUUACAGCCAAGAAAAUGAAGCUGUAGUACAGUUAUUGUCAGUCAUACCAAGGGGAUUUUACAUAGUAAUGUUUCUCAAGGACUGCUUUCUUUUGUGGUUUUAGAAAUUAACUGUUAAAAAUAUUUUGUACCACAAGACAUUGAAGUUCCAAAAUAAAAAAUCAAAACAUUGAUCACUUAGCUGCAAACGUUAUGGAUCAAUUUAGGUUUCCGGGAAACUGCCCACCUACCCCUCCCCUAACCCAACAUUUUGCCCCAAGGGAGAUGCAAAUGUUAACAUUGAGGUGGGGGAGGGGUAGGUGGGCAGUUUCCUAGAAACCUACAUUAAUCCAAAGUUACCAGAACAUUCUGUGAAGAGAAAUCUAUUAUUGGUUUUGAAGAG